CCUCUCCUCAGGGCCUUUGUACAGGCCCCCCUGCCUGCACUGUGGUCCCCACAUGUCUGCCUGGCUCCUUCACUCCCUGCAGGGACUCACUCUCUGAGAUAUUUUCACCUGGGCGUCUCAGAUCCCGGCUAUGGGAUCCCUGAAUUUAUUUCAUUUGGGUAUGUGGAUUCUCAUCCCAUCACCACGUAUGACAGUGUCUCUCGGUAGAAGGAGCCACAGGCCCCGUGGAUGGCGGAGAACCUGGCGUCUGAUCACUGGGAGAGGUACGCGCAGCUGCUGCGGGGCUGGCGGCAGACGUUCAAGCUGGAAUUGAAGCGGCAGCAGCGUCACUACAAUCACUCAGAUACCCUCUCCUGGAUGGCUAUGGAUAAUGUGGUUCACAUCACCAAGUGGGCAUGGGAGGCCAGUCGGCAUGAGCUACAAUAUCAAAAGAAUUGGCUGGAAGAAGAAUGUAUUGCCUGGUUAAAGAGAUUUCUGGAGUAUGGGAAAGGUACCUUACAAAGGACAGAGCCCCCACUGGCCAGAGUAAAUCACAAAGAAUUUCCAGGGAUUGCAACUCUUUACUGCAGAGCUCACGGCUUUUACCCCCCAGAAAUUUCCAUGAUCUGGAUGAAAAAUGGGGAAGAAAUUGUCCAAGAAAUGGAUUAUGGAGACAUCCUUCCCACUGGGGAUGGGACCUAUCAGACAUGGGUGUCAGCUGAGCUGGAUCCUCAGAGCAGCGACCUUUACUCCUGUCAUGUGGAGCACGGCGGUGUCCACGUGGUUCUUCAGGGUUCCCAGGAAUCGGAAACUAUGCUUCUGGCGAUGAAAGCUGUUGGGCUCAUUGUCCUCGCCAUUGCCCUCUCUGGAGUUGGUGUCGUAGCCUGGCAAAGGAAGCCCUGAGUGACACACCUCUCUCAAGAAUGAUACGCACCAGCAAAAUGGAGUUGUCUACCUUCCUACACCAGAUCACUGAUGGGAGAUGGCUAUUUUCCAGCUGUCUUUCCUCUAGGAACCAUGGUCUCCUCUGUCCCAUAUGGACUCAAGUCCAGCGCUCAAAGCUCUUGACCACACCCACAACAGACAUGGACAUUAUAGGAUUAAUUAUUUAUGGCAGACAGAUAGGAGCUACAAAAUGUUAUUUGUUCUUUGGCUCCAAAAAGACUGUCAGCUAUCAGGCUCUUUUGAUGGACUCCUUCAUUACAUUUCCUCUAAAUGUGAAUGCUCUCAUGGCACAACACUUCCUUAGGUCCCAUUUGUCAACAGUGGUUUGCGGGUAGAUUAGAGAAUCUCAGGGCUGGGAGAAAACUUCAAUCCAGGGCUGGAAAUGUCUUCUCCAAUGCCUUUGCCUUGAGCAUCUAGCCUCCACUUGAAUUCCACCAGUGCACAUCACCUCGCUACGUCAAAAAAGGCCUCUCUCUUCUUUCAUGAGAGUGUUGACUAGGCAAAAGCGGUGGGUGCCAUGACUGUGACCCUACAGACAGGUUGGACCACCCCAUGAGAGCAGUCAGCCAGUCUCUACGAUGGCCUGUGUGCUGGUGUGAUCAUUUUACACCUUCCCUGGCCUGAGAGAAAGCAAAAAGUGCCCUGUUCUUUUGCCAGGCAGCUCUGCCUGGUAGCUUGGCAUCUUGGAAAUAUACCUGGUCAGAUCUGUGGAGGUGAUCUCAUUCUGUCUUUUGUAAGAAAGUAAGAAAAAUAAGUAUCGGACAUUAUCACCUUUAGUAGAAAUACAGAGACUUGAACCCAAUUGCUAUCUUUUAAUGUAAAAAUGAUAGUGUGUCUCAGAAGAGCGUCCAGUUCUAAUUUCUGUCCUUCCUCUGCUGGCUUAUUGUAGAUGGGCCCGACUCACCUUUAUACAUGUGCUUUUUCUCCAUACAUCUGCCCUGGGAAUAAAUAAAAGUCCCACCGUGAGAAUUAGCAUCCCCUUGAUCCUCCUUACUCUUCCCAACCCCCCAAAAUCCUCACCAUCAUUUACCUCUUGUCCUGCCGUGUGUAGCCACUGGUCCCUGGGUUGACCAUCAGUUAUACAUUCAUCUGUCCCACUUCACUGACUCUGACCGCACACGUCAGCUCUGAUACUCGCUUCAGUGGCCCCAACUUUGACAACUGACUUUGAACAUGUAUGUCAGACUUGACCUUUGCUUUCCCUUGACCAAUGCAUUUGCCCUCUGGCUUUAAUCAUCACAGCCACAGGUGCAGACAUUCUCAGCGUGCUAGGGCAAUUCCUUGCUCCGCUGUCCCCACCUCCUUCCAUGGUUGAAGUUCCCACCCCGUGUCUCUUUACUGGCGCCCGCUGAGUUGCAUAAGAGCACGAUCGUGUUUGUUUAUUUUGCUUUUAGGGUUGCCAUGGGCAAUUGCCAUACCAUCUUUUAAGCAGUGUUGCACUGUGCAGAGAGCAGCUUUAUUUCUGGAAUGGUUUCUUCUUACAAUUAGAAUAGUUAGGACUUAAAAUAUUUUUGUAUGGACACUUACGGUGAUUCAGAUGCUGUAUCUAUAUAAAUGUCUUCUCCAACUGCCUGGUACUCUCAUCAAAGACGUGAACGGUCAAAGCCUUUUUGUGCUCCCAGGGCCUUGCCCUACACUUAACAUGUAAUAAAAAUGUCCAUAUGGAUGAAGAGGAGGAGGCAGAGGCAAGGGCAAGGAUGUGGUGAUGAGACCUUCUGUAGUGCAAUUGCAGCAUCUCUGUUUCUCCCUUGGGGAUUUUAUAAUAUAAAGAGAGUUAUCAUAUAAAUAUAAUAUCAAGGGAUGAUUUUUCAAUAAUACCUAAAAUUUUGCACCUUCAUUUUACAAGGGGCUCAAGAUUACACUAUUUCUUAAUAAUUUUAGACUUGAAAUUGAGUUAUUUGUAGUGAGGUGGAUGGACCUAGAGUCUGUCAUACAGAGUGAAGUAAGUCAGAAAGAGAAAAACAAAUACCGUAUGCUAACACAUAUAUAUGGAAUCUAAGGGAAAAAAAAAAAAAAGGUCAUGAAGAACCUAGGGACAAGACGGGAAUAAAGACACAGACCUACUAGAGAAUGGACUUGAGGAUAUGGGGAGGGAGAAGGAUAAGCUGGGACAAAAUGAGAGAGUGGCAUGGACAUGUAUACACUACCAAACGUAAAACAGAUAGCUAGUGGGAAGCAGCCACAUAGCACAGGGAGAUCAGCUUGGUGCUU